GACGUAUGUUCCAAAAACGAAAUCGGAACGGCCCGGUGAAAGUCCGACCAGUUCGGUUGUCGACAACGGACGUCUGCGCUCCGGUGAAAAAUCCCCGUCGGAAUUCGGACCCGGGAAACGACACGUCGCAGGUCAAGGAUGUCGGGGGACAAGUUCAACGCACUUAUAAGGAACUCGCCGUUGUCGCGCACGGCUUACACACCGACGACGGCGGUCAACUUCACUCUCUCGCGACGAAACGCACGGUGUACACACACAAUAUAAUUAUGUUAAUACGGAAUAUCAAUAAUAACAUAACGAUACGUUUCAACGGAAAAGAGAAUGCGCGCGCAGCAUUGGUCCACUACGAGGGGUUCCAGAAGUGGUUAGCGUUUCCAGUUCAUUUUGACCGAACAAAUAUAGUUUUAAAAGAAUAAAGUGAAUGUGAUUUUAUAUGCAUCGUGUAACACCAUGUAUAAAAAAAAAAAUGUUUUGUUCAUUUAUUUCACAUCUUCAAUAAAGGUGCCCAUGUGUUAAGGUUUAUUAAAUAAUAACUAUCGAAAUUCA